UGGGAAGACGGUGAUCUGGUUCCUGAAACACAGUUAAAUCAUGGGAAACGUGGAGAGUCAGAACGGAGACAGCAGUGUGUACGGCAAUGAAGCGGUACACCUUUCUCGUAAACAAACAUCCCGCUCACUCCGCCUCACCAACAAAAAGUCAGUAACUCGCCGGCAAAGGGUCUCUUCGAUUGUGAAACAGGAGUACAGAAACUCAGAGACCUCCACUCGCUCUUCCAGCACACCAAGUAUCCCACAGUCCUUAGCUGAGAGUGGACUGGAACUUUUCAAUGGCACAGAUGAGCUGGGAGAGUUUGGCAUCAACCCCCACUGGACACAACGCAUCUCAAUGACAAUGAGGCCAGACUCCUAUCAACAUGAGGACGAGCCCUUGGCCACGCCAACUCCUGAGACAGAGGCAGACACUAUUGCUCAGGAUGGAGCAGAGGAUUCUAUGGGGGAAGGAGAUGUUCCUGGGGAAGAAAGAUACCUCCAAAGAAUGACUGAAGGUCCCAGAGAUGGAGGAACUUUUAAAAAGAAGCGAUCAAAGUCAGCAGACAUGUGAGAAGAUAGCCUGGAGUUCUCUUUGUCCGACCUGAGCCAGGAAAAUCUUACCAGCACAGAAGACAUAAUCGACGGAGGAGAGGAAGAGGAGGAGCAGUUCACACGUCUCAGAGGGAGUGCAGGCUCCUCUGAAAGAGCUUCUUCCCUGGACCAUCUGUGCAGCCAGCAGAGUCCAGGCCUCCAGGGCCAGAGGAAUCGUUACAUUAAAAACCACAGAGAAGCCAACUGCAAAGGAGACACCGAAGCAGAGGAUGGGUUGAUGUCUCCAACUGAAGAGGAUGGCAGCAGCUAUGGAGCAUUCACCCUCCCCUGUCGGCGAUCUCACUGUCUGUCUGAAGGGUUGUCAGGGCUGGGGAUCCCCUCCGUACCUUGCCCCGCCUUCCAGGGACGUCGUGCACAUACUACUCAGGACAUCUCAGGUGCUAUGGGAGAUGGAAGUGAAUAUGGCGACAGUGGCAUUGAUGGCGUUGCCACAGAGACGGACGCAGACGGCGAGCUGAUCUCCCGGCGGUGUAAAGCCAUGUCGGCCUCGUUCUCUCUCUACUCAGCUGCAGAGAGCAGCGUCUUUAAUGGGAGUGACAGUGGGAGCAGCAGCGCAGGCGGAGGAGAAGGAAGAGCUGCUGAGGGAUGCAGAGGAGGAGUAUAUGAGAAUUUCCGGAAGGAGUUAGAAAGUCAGACGAAUCAGGGCAGAGAUUUCCCUGAGGAGGCCAAUUCGGCUGUAAGUGAUGAGCAGAGCAGCGGCACUCUCAGCAGUGUCUACCCAUCUGACACAGUGACUGGCUGCGCACAAGGCACAGUCAGGAAAGCUGGAGCUUUAGCUGUGAAGAACUUCCUGGUUCACAAGAAAAACAUGAAAGUGGAACUCGCAACAAAGCGCAAGUGGAAACAGUACUGGGUGUCUCUAAAAGGCUGCAGCCUCUUCCUUUAUGAAUCAGAUGGUCGCUCGGUAAUUGACCAUAACAAUGUUGCUAAACAUGCCUUGUGGGUGGAGAACAGCAUUGUGCAGGCCGCACCCGAACAUCCCAAGAAAGACUAUGUCUUCUGCCUUAGCAACUCAAUGGGGGAUGCAUUUUUAUUCCAGACAUCAGGCCAAACCGAACUUGAGAACUGGAUCACGGCGAUUCACUCUGCGUGUGCUACAGCUCUUGCCCGACAGCACCACAGGGAGGACACCGUAAGGCUGCUCCGAACUGAGAUCCGCAAACUGGAGCAGAAGAUUGACAUGGACGAGAAAAUGAAAAAGAUGGGAGAUAUGCAGCUUUCCGCUGUCACUGAUGCAAAGAAGAGGAAGACCAUACUGGAGCAGAUUUUUUUGUGGGAGCAGAACUUGGAGCGGUUCCACAUAGAUCUCUUCCGCUGUCGCUGCUACCUGGCUAGCCUACAAGGCGGUGAACCUCCAAAUCCCAAACGCCUCCUGGGUUUUGCUUCACGUCCCACCAAAAUGGCCAUGGGUCGCCUUGGCAUCUUUUCUGUGUCUUCCUUCCAUGCACUGGUGUCAGCCCGAACUGAAGGCAGCAUCAGGAAGCGAAACCAGGCUGUGCAGCGAACCUUCAGUAAACGGCGUAGCCGCUUCUCCUCCCUCUGGGGUCUGGACACUGCCUCCAGAAGAAAGACCAAAGGACAUCCUUCAGCUCAACAGGUGUUUCAAAAUGGGACGGAUCCUGUAAGAAAACCGUUGGAGCUCAUGUUUGAAGACUCAGCCAGCGAGAUAUCUAAAAAAACUGAAGACUCUGUGAAAACUGUUCCUCAGCAAAGCGUAGACAGUGAUAUUUGGGUUCCCGAUUAUUUGAAGCCCUCCUGGGUUUGCCUGCCAAACAAUCAGCCAGUCCUGGCCAUUGUUCAGCCUGGGGAGACAGCAGUGGAUGUCCUGAGCAGUGUCUGUAAGACCCAUCAGAUUGAGCCCUCUGGUCACUACCUGCGUGUCAAAGUGUGGGUCGACAACCAGUUGCUUUAUUAUGUUCCAAAGCCUGAAGAGGAUAUGUGUUGGCAGAUCUACAAAGAAAUUGAGAUUUGCCCCAGAGCUACCAAGGUGAUCUGUUUUGACAAAGCAGAGUCCAGCACCAUUGGAUAUGGUUUCACUGUGGCAGUUACAGAAGAGGAUGAUGUGCAGCGGCUUCAUGUCAUUGAAGUGAAACCAGGAGGCCUGGCUUCAGCUAAAGGUUUGAAAGCAGGUGAUGAGAUUCAGUUCCUCAAUGGUAAACCUGCCUCCGCCCUCCAACUGGAUGAUUUGAGGGCAGCUUUUGGGAACCGUAUGCUUACCCUGAUUGUCAGCACUCUGCCCCAGCUAGACUCGAAGGUGCAGUGCUUCUGUCCUCCUCGUCGCGCCGACGGAGAACAAGAUCCAGCCACAGACAUCUUUUCGCAGAGUCAAGAGAACAUCCUGGACGAGGUGUCAGGUUUGACUGUGGAGAGUCCCGAUGACAGCAUGGAAGAGGGACCUCUAUUAACCCUGCAGAGCCCCAGAGAUCAUCACAAUGAUAGAACAUUAAUGGCAGCUGGACAGAAGAGCACAGAGCAAGUCACUGCUUUCUGCCGCAAUCUCCAUGAUAUGAAUCCCCUGGAGUGCCCAAUGUCAUCCUCCUCAUCAUCGUCUUCAUCGUCCCUGUCACCGAGCCCUGUGUCAGCUUUGGCGCCUGGUACCGGCACUGCCGCCCAGAGGCAGCUUUCCCAUGCAGACAAACUGCGCAAGGUUAUCAGUGAAUUGGUGGAGACAGAGAAGACCUAUGUCAAGGACCUGCGCUGUCUCAUUGAGUGCUACUUGAAACCUUUACAGAAAGAGAGUUUCCUAACACAGGAUGAGCUGGAUGUUUUAUUUGGUAAUCUUGAAGAGAUGGUGGAAUUCCAGUUGGAGUUUCUGCGAACGCUUGAAGAUGGAAUCAGACUGGUGCCUGAUCUGGACAGACUGGAGAGAGUGGAUCAGUUUAAGAAGGUGCUUUUCUCUUUGGGUGGGUCAUUCCUUUAUUAUGCUGAUCGGUUCAAGAUCUAUAGUGCAUUUUGUGCCAGCCACACAAAGGUCCCAAAGGUCCUGGCUAAAGCCAAAACUGACCCAGAGUUCAAAGCUUUCCUGGCUGAGAAAAAUCCCAGACAGCAACAUUCAUCCACGCUGGAGUCUUACCUGAUCAAACCCAUCCAGAGAGUCCUGAAGUAUCCACUCCUACUCAGGGAGCUCUACUCUCUCACGGACCCAGACAGUGAAGAACACUACCAUCUUGAUGUCGCAAUCAAGGCCAUGAACAAAGUUGCGAGUCACAUCAAUGAGAUGCAAAAGCUUCAUGAGGAGUACGGGGCAGUUUUUGAUCAGCUCAUCAAUGAACAGUCCGUGGAUAACAAACAGGUGCUUGAUCUCUCAAUGGGCGACCUUCUGCUGCACUCAACAGUGGCGUGGAUGAAUGCUCCAUCCAGUUUUGGCAAAAGCAAAAAGGACCCAGAAUUAUCUGUUUUUGUGUUCAAAACCGCUGUUGUUUUUGUUUACAAAAACUCGUCCAAACACCGGAAAAAAAUUGGGGGAUCUCAUCGUGCGACUGUGAGCGAGGACAGGGAUCAUUUCCGCUUCCGAUACAUGAUUGCAACAGACUCCCUGCAAGUCCGGUCCGCUGCAAGCUCUGAAGCCACAACAGUAUGUGAACUAGUCCACACAAGGUCUGAAUCUGAAGGAAGACCAGAAAAAAUCUUUCAGCUGUGCUGCAGUUCUCCAGAGAGCAAAAAGGGCUUCUUGAAAGCAGUCCAGUCUAUUCUUAGGGAGAAGCAACGGCGACAUAUUCUCAAGACAAAAUCUAUGCCACCCAACCAGAAGUAUGUCCCGUUUGGUGGCAAACGCCUGAGUGCCCUCAAAGGUGCCCGGCCUGCCAUGAACAGAGCAGCAUCUGCCCCAUCACGAACUCUGAGUCGCCGAAGCCUCUUGACGAACCACAUUACUAUUGAUGCUGACCAGGUUUUCCACGGCACCAACAACAGCACUGAUGUUCCUAACAUCUCCUAUCGGUCAUCCUGCUCCCCUUCAAAGUCCCCUCCCUCCAAGCACGAACCUCAUCCGUCUCACAAACAUCAGGCAGAGGACACAGACCGUUGGGUGGAGGAGCAGUUCAACCUGAGGCGCUACGAAGACCAAUGCGAAGACAUUGAUGACAGACAGGUAAAGGAGACGGACAUCUUGAGUGACGAUGACGAAUACUGUAAAUCUGUGCGAGCCUCUUCGGCCGAACCAGACUCCCUGGAGGCAGGAGUGGGAGAACUGAAGUUGCACAGCAAAGAGGUCAACUUGAAUAGAAAGAUGGAGUCAAGAAGCGAGAUGGAGCAGGGUGUGAAAGUGGAUCGAACAAAACAGAAGGAUGAUUCAGACUCCUUUACGUCCUGCAGCCUGUCUGUCUCUUGUUCCUCAAAGGUCACUCCUUUGAAGCAGCAGUGUUCUGUGGAGGGAGCCACUAGCAAGAACCACGACAUGAUCUGGAUACGACGGGACGACUUUAAUAAAGGGUGCAACAGUGAUGUCUUUUGAUGGGAGACUACAGAAUGAAGACAAGAGCAAACAGAGGUGUCUUCCACUCAGUACAUCAUUCAUUCCCCUUGAAUUUUUUAAAAUUUUAUAUUUUAUUGGGAUUUUGUGAUGGAUGACUCCAAAAAAAUUGCAUUAUUAAGGGGAAGCAAAAGGAUUUAUUGUUUUCCUGAUUACAAUUUAAAAUCCCAAAAGUGAAAAGGUCAUUUAUAUUCAGCCAAAUAAGUCAGUACUUUAUAGAUGUUAAUGUAGUUGAUUCCAUGUUUAGAAAAUCUGAAAAGUUUGGCAUUUUUGUUUAGGCCUUUUUACUCUGACAGCCCUAGUUAAAUCUCCAGUUCCAGCAUCUCCCUCUAUUUAGCUCCACACCUCUAAAAAGGCCUAAAUAAAAAUGGCAGAUUUUAUUUUUCAUUGAAUAAAUCAUUUUUCUUUCACUUCAUAAUUAAACUCUGCAUUUUUUCCUGGCACUGAAAAUCCCAUUGAAAUACAUGGAAGUGUGUGGUCAUAGCUUAUGAUUAUAAACUGUUCAAGGGGUAUAAAAAGCUUUGCAAGUAGUUGUAAAUCAGGAUUCCAAAAAAAUUAGGGUGAAUCGGGUACAAGCUUUAAGAGAAAGUGUAUGCUAACCACUCUUUUUAACUCCUCCCAGUUUGACAAUCCUACUGUCUUACAACAUGCUCUGGUUCCUCUUGUGCUCCUCAGAUUCUAAUUCAGAACUUCUGACUGUAAAAUCCCUCACAGAGACCCCUCACUGUACCCAGGCAUUUCACAAACAGAUGGCAUUUAUCUGAAGAUGAAAGCAUUGCAUGUGCAGAUGAGGUGGUGUAUGUCUUCAUGCACUGAAAAGCACAUUGUAUGUAGACGUAGGCAGCUACUGUCUCAUGACACACACUGCACAGAAGAGACAUACUCACUAAAUUGUGACUCAUGGACCAAAACGUCUAUUUUUCAACACAGUAAUGUGGGUGUUAUAUAUUUUUCUGACUUGAAAAGCUGUUUGUAUUUACAACCGAACCAACCCUAACCCCCCCAAAGGGCUGUGUGUUCUUUCUCUUCAGGGGAUUUUAGCUAAAUGGCUGCUGUAUAAAAGAUGGUGAGGUCUGACUAGCUUUAUUGUGCUUUUUUAAAAAACAGUUUUAAUAACAGCUGCACAUCACUGUAUAGUUGGAAGUAAUAAUAGUACUGAUCACCUGUUGUACAAAAAAAGUUUUGAUGCUCACUUUUUCUCCUAAAUACUUUUUAAAAAUGGUUAUGAAUAGCAAAUUUUUCAUGUUUAUUUAACAUUGCCUUUUACUGUAACUUAAUGUUUACAACACAUUUAUCUGCUCAGUGUUACAAACGUUGUAUUUGGUGACAGAAAUGGACUUGACAAAACUCUUUUCUGUGCCCUUCUCAUCUAUUUUGGUAGUUUUUUUUUUUUUUUUUUUUUUUUUUUUUGUUUUGUUUGUUUUGUUCAUUUGACCCCACACUGGAUAUCGGAGUCCCUUCAAGUUUGAUGUCUUUAAAAUACACCCCAACCACUCUAGUCCUGUUUACUUGAAUAUUAUUAGUCCUGAGCUGCAACUUAAUUAUCCUGCUUCAUUAGAUCCCAGCAACUUUUUACAUUUAACAUCCUGUCACAGCCUGCAUCCACUUCACAAUGUUGUGAUGCUUCUUCAUUCCACCAGGUGGUGCCAUUUCAUUAUCACAGCAACGUGUUUAUUGUGAGACUUCUGUCCAGGACACAAGUACAAGCACUUAACACCGAAUUGUGAACAUAGAGGCUGAGCUACUCUGGUUUAUAGGAAUAAGGAAGUGGAUUUUAAACUAUUGUUUAAAAUUUUAAAUUUUAAAGUGAUUUUAAACUUUAUGUUCUUGAUCGAUUUAUAAAGCCGAUAUCUCAGCUAACGGCUCACUGGUUCAUAACAUCCGGGAAAGACUUUCCAACUGUGAGGUACAAUCACCAGGCCCUGGAGGCAAACUGUGAAAAGCCCUUUGACUCCCACCUUUGUACUUUUGAAACUGUUUGUACUUAAAACUGUGGAUUUUUAUGUGAAAAUAAAUUUUCUCACUAAACCGA